UUUCACUGACUAUUUCUUCUUAGCUUUAUUCUCCUCCUCUCUUUCUUUCGCUUUCUCUUUACCCACUACAACUUUGCCUUUGUGUGUCUCGAAAUUCGUGCUACCGGCGCACACCUAAACAAGCACAACGUACAACUUCGAUAGCAGGAUCGACGUCUACAUAUAUACACAUUUGCAUAUCAUUCAACAUAUCAUAUCAUACGCCAUGAAAGUGGGCGACCUUCGCUUCAGAUUUUCACUGUAAAUCUGUUUUCUUUCGUCAUCAAUCCCAUUGUCAAACUGUAUACCAUGAGAAUGUAUGUCGUUUACUCGAAAUUCUCACUGUAGAUAAGUUUUCCGUCGGCGGAGUUCAGUUCUCUCCGGUGAUCGUUAAAAUGGGCGAUCUUCACUCAAUUGCGUACUUUAGCAACCAACAUAGCCAUCGCACUCCCCUGAGUUGGGAAAUCUACAAUCAUCAACUUCUCAACACAGACAUUUCUCACUGUAUGGAGACGAAGGAUACUCAACCAUUCUACGAUCAAUCGCUGUUAAAUUCCGAUCUCUCAUCGGGUUACUUAGAGGAUGCGUUGUUUGAAUUCAGCUCGAAACGACGCCGCUUGAUGAUGACACCUGAUGAUCACCAUAUAACCAGUUACCAGAAUUCAACUCCUCCUUCAUAUCCGAGCUACUGGGAUUUCAAUUCCACUGAUGACUUUGACAAUUUUAGUGGGCUUAAUGUAAGCGGGAAUAACUCAACUUCAUCUUCACAAAGCAAGACUUCAAUCAACAGCCAGUUUCUCUCUGAAAAGGAAACCCUAAGUUCAUCAGAUCACGUCACUGGUGGAAUUGAGGAGCGAAAAAAGAAGACGAUACCAAGAGUGGUGUAUCCAUUUGCACUAGUAAAGCCAGGAGGAUUUAAAGGCGAUAUGACACUGAAUGACAUUAACGAAAGAAUCCUAAUGCCACCGACGAGACCAGUUAGACAUCCGGUGGGGGAUUUUGCUUGUCGGCCGUUGGUUUCAUUAGAUGGACCUGGACUCUCCGGUAAGGAGGUGGUGGCUCUCACCAGAAUUCAGACUCAUGGAAGAGGCACAAUCACCAUUAUUAGAACCAAAAAUUGAAUAUAUAUAUAUAUAUAUAUAUAUAUAUAUAUAUAUAUAU